GAGGUUUAAUUCUGAAAGUAUCGACCGGAAGUCUUCCUCUAAUUCCGUCUCGCUAACUUGACACCUGCGGCGCUAGCCAUGGACGAAUAUCAGACGACAGAAGAGACUUCCUUUAUCGUUGAAGAAGUGAGCACAAUCAUAAAAGAGUCAGUAGAAGGAGUCAUCGGAGGAAAUGCCUAUCAGCACAGCAGAGUCAACCAGUGGACCAACAAUGUGGUGGAGCAGUGCCUCAGUCAACUCAGCAAACUCGGCAAACCUUUCAAAUACAUUGUAACCUGUGUCAUCAUGCAGAAAAAUGGAGCAGGUCUACAAACAGCCAGCUCAUGCUUUUGGGACAACUCGACUGAUGGAACGUGCACGGUGAGAUGGGAGAACAAGUCCAUGUACUGCAUCGUCAGUGUUUUUGGCCUCGCAAUAUAAACCAGCCACCAUGGACCUCCAAGUUUGUGCAGCUGUUUCUUUGCAUUCUUUGUUUUUCAAGUUCUAAUAUGUCAUGUUAUGCCGUAUUGGCAUAAUAUUUGAAUAAAUUGUUAUGAAUAAAUUGUUAUGUUUUACAUGUU